ACACAAUACGCAUUACAAAGCUAUAACACGAAUCGACUAGACUCACGCAGAGUUUACUGCGCGCUAUAACGAUUUUCUCUUGAGCUUUUGAGAAGAAAAUUUAUUUAUAUUUGAACGAAGCAGAUAAUUACAAGUGAUCAACGAACAUGGUUUCGACACUGUUGCCAUUGCUAUUGUCGACGGCCUACUUCGGCGGCGACCUCGACGGACCCAAACUUUCGCCCAACCGUCUGCUGGACCAGAACUUCGGCCUGUCGCUCAGCCCCGAGCAACUGCUGCUCUCUCGCUACUACUACGCCCUGCCAUCAUCGUCCAUCCUGCGAGAUCGCACCGGCGUCGGCUCGCUGCUCGACAACUACUAUCGGCCCUGGAACGAGCUGUUGCGCCAACAGGCCGGUGAUCAGCGCCGCGGCAUCUCCCGGGUAAAGUACGACGAGAACGAGUUCCGCGUCCACCUCGACGUCCAGCAAUUCAAGCCCGAGGAGAUCGAGGUGAGCGUCGACGAGGAACGUCGUCAUCUGGUGAUCAAGGCCAAGCACGAGGAGAAGAAGGACGAGCACGGCCUGAUCUCGCGCCAGUUCGUGCGCAGAUACGCCCUGCCCGAGAGAGCGGAGCUCGACCGUGUCGCGUCGGAGAUCUCGUCGGACGGCGUGCUGACGAUCCAGGCGCCGCUCAAGCCUCUGGACAAGGAGAAGGAGAAGAAGGAGCAGGUGAGGAGGAUCAAGAUCGAGUACACGGGCAAGCCGGCGCUCACAGAGCAGCAGACGGAGGAGCAGAAGAAGCAGACUGAGGAAGACGACGAGAUCAGCAUCACCACCGAGGAGCCGGAGUUCGGCUCGGGCAGCAGCAGCACCACCACUGCGUCUUCUGCUACCACCGAGAAGCAGCAGUAAUAAUACCCAGAGCGAAUUUUUGAUUUGACUGAUUUUUCAUUCUUGUAAAUAGACUAUGUUCGGUGCUCGAUUGUGUGAAAUUUUUAAGUGCAUUUAUCAAUGACGAAUGUUUGUGUGUGUACGUACGAUGUUAUGAAUGAACGACACGAUCGUGUAUAUGUACGUGUGUGCGUGUGUUUAAUUUAAUCUCAUUGAAUUAUCGCCUGCCAUAAUAAUAAGUUUGUUAAAUUUUCUCCUUUUUUGUCUAAAUACGCAACUCGUAUUUUAUGUAAUAUUUAUGAUGCGCCAAUUUUAGUCAUUGUAAUACUUUUCAAAACUCUAAGUCAUAUUGUGUAUAAAUAUUUCGUAAGUUUUGUAAUAAAUGACCAAGUACCAUUGAAAACAUA